AUAAAGCGCUAGAAAACUUUGGAAAAAUAGACAUGUUCCGGAUAGUCCGAGUAUUCCCCCCCCCCCACUGUCCUCUCUUUCUUUCCCUAGUAUCGCAGGUCUCACGCACAUUAUUAGCACGACAUAACGACCAAAAUGCCCGCGCCCCGCGCACACGUACUCUUCUCGUCCACAAACGCCGGCUCCUCACUACUAUCCGCAUCGCCGCUUGAGAUCCCCGGCACCAGGGUUACGGUCCGAGCGUUGGAGAGUAGAUUCCCGCACGCGGGGUACAUACGGACCGAGAGUUGUACCCACGCCAUACGCUCCUCCAACCUGCUGGGUAAAAGGGCAUUCGUUAUGGGCUCGGCCGAGGUGGAGAAGGAGAGCGGAGGGCUAGAGGAGGAUACGGGGGGUUCUUUUGGGGGUG